AUGACAUGGUCCCCACGCCGCGACCACUACCGGCUGCUGCAGACGACACACCACCGUCUGCCUCUGCGAGUUAUCGGCUACCGGCGCAAACGAGGCACCUACCGGCAGCUGUCAUACGCCCAGGCGCUGAAGAGGGUCGGCUGCCAGAGCGUGGAGGCCACUGUCCGUCAACGGUGCCUGCUCUUUGCGGGGGCCAUGGCAAGACAGCCAGACGGGCGGCUUCCGAAACGGCUGAUGUUCGGCGAGUUGGUGGGAGGGGAGAACCCGGGCCGGGGAAGCCCGGAGCAGAACUGGCUGAUAUGCCUGAAGGACGACCUGAAGAUGUUCGAAGCCAGACACGGCUCCACGCCCGACAAGCGGAGCUUCUUCGGAAUCCCGAAGCCAGACUGGGACGAGGCGGCGAAGGUGGAGGGGGGGGUACCGUGGCACGCGGGGGUGCUACAGGGAGCUGAGAGGUUUAUGGCCUCUUGGCACAAGGGCGAGGAGAAGGCCAGCCGACAACGAGCCAUCAAACGAGGAGACAGCGGGCCCAAAAAGAGUCUAGAUACGGCACCCAUCUACGGGGCGGGAGGGGGGCGGGAGGAAACGGCGCGGGAAGAAAGCAAGCGAGAAGAGACCGACCGCGUGACGUGACAUGUUGCGGUUGAAUUUCAGCGACUAGUUUUUCUGUUGCCCUCUCCCCCGUUUGCUGUCGCGAACUCUACGGAUAUCCCUGUCUCUGUGCGAGUUUGUUUAUGUCCUCGUCUGUCUUUUGAUUUAUUUCGUCUUUGUUUUGUUUUUUUCAGUGCUGCACGACUGAAAAAAAUAAAAAGUAUGUGAGAAACAACGCUUCCAACGGGAAAGCAGCCCCCUGUGGAAACCCCUCCGAUCAGGCGGCUCGCGGCGCAACAGACCUCCACACCCAGCACGGGCUCUAGAGGGCGAACCAGAGGCUAAACUGCCCAGACAACUCGAGAGGUAUUUAAUGCAUGGGAUAACGGCCGGCACAGGUCGUGCUGACAGAUGACCCGUCGGAGAGGUAGGGGGGGCAACCGGGCUGGUGGGGCUAACAACCCCAGAGGUCAACCGGCUACGCCACCUGCUACACCUCCAAACCAGCCUAGGAGCUCUGUUACACCCAGAAGCGGGGGUAUGCAGCCAGCAUGGGACCUUCGUCAGCUUACGGAAGGCCCGCUAACCCCGCGUACUCCAGUGGUCGACAACUCAGGGGGAGACAUAACAAGUGAACGUCCACGGAUCAGGAGCGGGAGAGAGGGCAACUUAACCACUGAGGUGCGCACC